CUGGCACAUGCGCAGUGAUUGUGAGCCCCCAUGGUUCCACGCGCGGCAUCAACAUGAUGGUUACGCUGCUGUGAGUGGUCGGCCUGGGCUGGAAAGGCGAUUCACAGUUUGAACUGACUGCUGUCAAGUUCUCCACAAUGGAAAAAGAGAGGAAGUGCAUUUUGUGUCACAUCACUUACAGCUCAAAAACGGAGAUGGAUGAACAUAUGAGGAGCAUGCUGCACCACAGGGAACUCGAGAACCUGAAAGGCAGGGACUGCAAACACGAAUGCCGAAUCUGCAGGGUGAAUGUGGUGGGCCUCUCGGCCUAUGCUAAGCACAUCUCCAGCCAGCUCCAUAAAGAGAAGGUGGACACUCCGGAGACGGAAGAGAACCAGAAGGACGAUGGAAAAGAUGAGGAAUAUUUUGAUAAGGAGCUUGUUCAACUGAUCCGACAGCGAAAGGAACAAAAAGGAAAGAACGAUGCUUCCACACCAGGGAAUCAGGCAGCGGACAGUGAUGACAGGCGGUAUAGGAGGACACGGGAAGAUAGACAGGCAUACCCUGAGCCUGUGAGCAAGUAUAAUCAGUCAUCGUGGCACCAUGAAAAUGGAGAGCAGAAAUGGGAUUGGGAGUCACGUGAUUAUGCGAGUUGCAGACCGAGCGGUUUUCAGCAUUGUCCUUGGAAGACCAAUUCAGGGGGUUCUUCGAACCGGCAUUCAUCAGGCUCAAGGGGAACUCUCAGCUGGCAUUCGAAUGGCACAGGAGGCUCACCUAACUGGUAUUCUAAACAUCACUGGCACUCCAGUGGGUCAGGGGGAGUAGCUAGUCGGCACUCCAAAAGCCAGGGGGGAGCAUUCAAGUGGAAUACCAAUUCCAGCAGCAAUGGGGGCAGUCCAUCUCACUACACGACCAGUCGGCUGAAUGCAAGAUUCCAGUCUUGCAACAAAAACAAUUCUGCAGAGAAUCUGGAUAGGAAGUGGAGUAAAGGGAAAGUGCACAAGUUGAGCAAGGAGAGUAGAAGUGCAAGAGACCGGCAUGCCUGGGAGAAAGCGCAAAGCUGGAGACGGGCAACUGACAGCAGAGGAGCAGCGUUGGCACCAAGAGAUUCAGCGGACAUGUGGAACCUGAACGAUUACACCUGCCAGGACUACCACAUGGAUUUCACCAGUGAUAAUGUGCCAAGUCGAGGAAUGUUGAGUUUUACCCAAGAGGAAGAUACACUGAGUAAAGAUGAUCAGAGUGGGGGGAAGAGCUUGAGCCCAUCGAGGGAUAAGAGAUAUCGGUGGGCCCCUUACCGAUCUCAUAAAUCUGCAGAGCUGCCUGUAGCAGCCAGGGACCCCAGGUCUAGAAGCAAAAGCAGAAAUGAUUCCGGGAGUAGUUGCAUGUCGAGUCAACGGAAAGAUCUUGAGAGACCACGCAAGAGUAGCGUUGCCUCAGUCCUUGGGAAGGUGAGUGAAGAACUGAGUGAUUGUGCAAGUUCCCUGAUUCAACAAGGAGGUGUUUCUGAGAGUGAAACCAAAGCAGUAGACAAAGAUGAGAGUCAAGCUCCUGUCACGCUUCACCUCAAAUCGUUUACCCCUCCUCCUGAAUUCACAUCUGGUGCUUUAAAUCCAGACCCGAAGAGUCUUUUGAAAGAAAAGAAACCUUUGUGUAGCACAAAAAAUGGGAAGCGCUUGAGCACACCCACCUUGGAUGGUGAGCAGCGGGGUAUUUCUAGUAAUGCUGUGUUAAGGUCAAAUUGCACACCUGAUACAUCAGGAGUUCAGCUUUCAACACAAAGUACCCCAAGCCCGACUGUACGGCCUUUGCUGGAAAUGCCAAAGAAUGACACUAAAUACCAUGUGGACAGCAGUUUGAAUGAAGAGCUCAGGCGUGCUCGAGAAGCACUGAGGUGCAGUCAAUCCGAGCGCAGACAACACAGUCAGACAGAACAUGGCCUGCGGGCAAGCUGUAGGCAAUCCACAGAGCGUAAUAAGGAAAACUGGAAAAAUAGCAACAAUAAAACUGCCCACAAGUCGCAACCAACAGCAGCUGAUAGAAACCCAAUGAAGGAAGCACUUUUGGGUUGCAGAGAAAUGAGUGAAGAGGAAUUUACUGACAUCGCAGAAGAAAUAAAGCUAGCUAUACACAUAGACUCUGCCAGCACUUGUUCAGGUCAGGGGCAGCAAAAUUCAAAUACAGUGAAACAACAAAUAGCUGUAUUAUAUACACAGCAUGGUGCAAAUUCUGAACUCUCUGCCACAAACGGCGAUUACAAGGACUCCUCAGCUUCAGGAAGUGGUGCUCAAUCGCCAACCACCUUCUCCUUCACAAUGACUGAAACAAAAAGUGACAAUGAAAUUCAAAGCUCUGUACACAGCAAAACUAUUGAUAAUUGUUCCUCUGACUCAGAGCUGCAGAACGGAGGGACUCAAAGCUCUAGCCACCUCCUCUCUGAACUCAACAAACUCGGGCUUCCCACCUCUGUACAGAGAGACCUGAACCGCCACAUCAACGCAAAGUCAAGGCCUGGGACUCACGUACCUGAACCCAAUCUCAACAUUGCACGCCGCAUUCGAAGCAUUGGGAGCCAGAGAAAGAGUGAAUCGGAAAAGGAAUCUGGCUUGAAGCCAACCUUGCGUCAACUGCUGAAUGUGUCACGACGCCAUGUCAACUGGGAUCAAGUCAUUCAACAGGUUGCUAAGAAGAAGCAGGAACUUGGCAAGGGCUUACCAAGGUUUGGGAUUGAGAUGGUUCCCUCUGUGCAGACUGGUCUGGAAUCUCUGGAGCUGGGUGAGGACAAAAACUUAUCCUCUCUGGAAGGUUUUCAGUGGGAAGGGAUCUCCAUCACUCCAGCCGGAACCAUCCGGAAGCGCAGCCUCUCUGAAAGCAGCGUGGUCACGGACAGACGGUCAAUUUACAGCCUGUUUGGUGAUGAGGUGAAAGAUUCGGAGGGGUGCAAAGCCAAUGAAUGUGCUCCUAGCAUUCCAAGUAGCCGACUACCUCCAAUACCUCCAGGACCAAACUCAUCAGCUUCCCAGGAGAAACAAGCCACAGGUGACAGCCCUGCCUUCCCCAAGGCACUCCAGUUUGGCAGCAGUGGUGACAGCUCACUGCCUGACACCAGCUCCUCAACCCAGGGUCUUCCCCCUGUGAAGACUGAACAGGACUCAAACACGCUCCUUGCAUUUGAGAGCAUUUCCACGGUAAACAGCGGGCCAGGAAAGAAAUGUCUUGGUCUCACGAGUGAUGGCUCCUGUGGGCAAAGCAUUCUUGAGGCAGAUGGGGAGUCCAAGGUGUUCACCCAGCCGAGUUCUUUAAGUACAGUGCAAGGACCGAAUGCAGCAGAUGGUGCAACUGAUAGCAGCUACACAUCUGGGGGUGAACUCAAUGAUGCUCAGGCCCUGGGGAAGAAAAGAAGAGCGACAACCGAUGCUUUAUCUCCAGAGGUCCCUUGUUUGGAAAGGAAGAAUAAGAGAAGGAAACUCAAAAGCAAAAGAGAAAGGUGCCAGGUGGACCAGUUGUUGAACAUUUCGCUGCGGGAGGACGAGUUGAACAAGACAUUGCAAGGGUUGGAUGGUAACCUGCUGCAGGCACGUGCUGCACUUCAAGCCGCUUACAUUGAGGUUCAAAAGCUGUUGGUUCUCAAACAACAGAUUACCCUGGAGAUGAGCACACUGAGGAGCAAAAGAAUCGAAAUCCUUCAGGGGCUCCAAGAAUCCUAUGAUCCUACUGGGGAACGACUGCCAGCCAGCCCAGCAACAGAAAGCAGUACCAGCAAGCUGCAUGGUGGCGUGACUGAACUCAACUUCCAGGCCCCAUUUUCCUCACCCUUACUGAAUAACUCAUCUCCCAGCCCCAGCUGCAUCUCCCAGCCACACACUAACAUCGAAAUAUCCUCUGCUUUCCGGACUCCUGUGGAGAAUACCCUUCCUGCCAUGCCGGACACCUCCAUUAAACAGGAGCCUAUCUCUCCAAAAAGUACAGAGGAGAAUGUAAAAGACUCCUGGGUGCCAAGUGACAGCCUUCAUUCCACCUCUCUGCAGACGGCACUCCCAGGAGCCCAGAUCAAAGGUGAAAUCAGUUCCAAAGGGUUCCCAAUCAUCACAUUACCGUUGUCUCUCCAGCACUUGACUGAGGGCCUCACAUCACUGGACCCUGGGGGGACAGGUAUGGCUACAUCAGACCACAUCAGAGAUGGGCCUGAGGAAGCUCUCGACAGCAGUCCCCCAGCAUUCAGUCUGCGAUCAGGAGGCGAGACUGGGAUGCCCCAGCAGAGAAAGUUAUUUGCUGUGCCAGAAAAACCUGACCCACUGCCAGCCAGCAGAUGGCAGAAGGAUUCAAUAUUUCCUGAGAAGGAGCGUAAGAGCUGGGUGAGCGAGCAGGUGGUUGAAUCAUCCUUGACACCCUCGGAGAGCAAAGGCAUUAAGAAGAAGAAGAAGUUCAGGAAGAAGAAGGCUCCCCGGGUGGAGCAAGCAGGCGAGAACAGUGACACAGAGCAAGACAAUGAGCACAUCCGGCCCGCUCGCAAGCUGAAAAACAAAAGGGUACCCAAGGGAAAGGUUACGACCUCAACCCACCCAGGGUCCGAGGGCACCCCAGCACCCAAGGAAAAAGGCAGACCUAAAGGGGAGAGUGAAAUGGGAAGUGCCUGUACAGACAGUGAUUUCUCUGUGGAGCUGGUGGAAGUCACCAAACCCCUGUUAGAGGUGGUUGCCAUCGAAUCUGUAGAAUCAGCUGAUGAGCAGCCUGACAGCCCAUCCAAGAGAGAGCAGCUGAUCCCAAAUCAAUGCACCAUUGACCCACCCAAAGCAGGUUAUAAUGAGGUGACUUCAACCAGUGAGAUGGGGACAAACUGUGCCAACAAUAUCACCAAGAGUGUGGCUGAGACUCAGACUCCUGGGUCGUCAUUGAAAGGAUCAAGAAACACAUCAGAGGUGUCCUCAGAUGGCAUGGAAGAGGAAGAUCCUUCCGAGGGAACCUUCGAGGGUCACCGGGCAGCUGUAAAUGCCAUGCAGAUAUACAAUGGUCAGCUCUACACCUGCUCUGCUGAUAAAACUGUCCGUGUCUACAACCUGAUGAGUCGGAAAUGUGUGGGUACUUUCGAGGGUCACAGUACUAAGGUGAACUGUUUACUGGUCAUACACCUUCAAGGGAAGACAGCGUGUUUAUAUACAGGAUCCAGUGACCACACUGUGCGCUGCUACGAUGUGAAGAGCAAGACACACCUGGACAAGUUCACUUUGUCAGACCGGGUUCUGAGCUUGCACAGUCGAUGGCGUAUCCUAUACAUUGGGCUGGCUAAUGGCACUGUGUUUACCUUCAGCAUUAAGAGUAACAAACAGUUGGAUGUGUUUGAUUGUCAUGGUCCACGAGCAGUCAGCUGUUUGGCAACAGCGCAGGAGGGAGCACGCAGACUGCUACUAGUCGGAUCAUACGAUUGCACCAUCAGUGUUCGCGAUGCCAGGAACGGAUUAUUGCUCAGGACGUUGGAAGGUCACACCAAGACUGUCCUGUGCAUGAAGGUGAUAAACGACUUGGUUUUCAGUGGUUCCAGUGACCAGUCUGUACAUGCUCACAACAUCCAUACCGGAGAACUAGUGCGGAUUUACAAAGGCCACAGCCAUGCAGUCACAGUCGUAAACAUCCUGGGUAAGGUGAUGGUGACAGCCUGCCUGGACAAACUGGUGCGAGUUUAUGAACUGCAGUCACAUGAUCGUCUGCAAGUAUAUGGUGGACACAAGGACAUGGUGAUGUGUAUGGUCAUUCACAAGAGCAUGAUUUACACGGGCUGUUACGAUGGCAGCAUAGAAGCUGUUCGGUUGAACUUGAUGCAGAACUAUCGCUGUUGGUGGUCCGGCUGUAGUUUGAUUUUUGGGGUCUUGAAGCACCUGAAGCAUCACCUGUUGUCUGAUCAUAACAGCCCUUCUCUUCUGUCCCUGAAGUGUCGCUGGCGCAACUGUGAUGCUUUCUUCACUAUAAAAAAUGGGUCCAAACAGGAUGCCCCCAAGCACCUGUGCCAGCAUGCUGAGGAAAACAGCCACCUGGACCCAUGAGGAGACAUGUGACCUCCCAAAAUGGGAAGUAAUUUAAGACUUUACCGUAGGCAACUGUCUUUAAUACAUUUCCAUCAUUCCGAAAUUACAGUCUCUGUGAACUUGCAGCAGAUCUUCGAAGAAACUCGAUGGCUUCCCAUUUGGACUGAGCCUACGAGCUGCAGCUGUUCAGGAUUCGUCUGCCCUUCAACAUGGGCUGUGCUGCCUGAAGGGUGAAAGUUGACAGAUUGGGAAUUUAAAGGCAUGAAAUGAACAAAGCGAUGGGAAUACUGAUCAACAGUGACUGCUCCACAAACUUGUCUCAGUCUGCGUAGGUCUCAGUCUGAGUUGGUUUGUAUCGUGUGUAUUUGAGAGUCUGAGUCCAUGUGAGUGCAUGUGUCCGAGUAUGAUUCUGUGGAUUUUGUAACUCGAACAUGCUGUUAUGCGGCAGUUUCCCACGAGCUGCCAUGUGGAAUUUCUGCAGCCUCAAGGACUGAUCUCUCAUUUUGUGUACUGAUAUUUCUUAUUGUUAGGUUAUUCAUUUUAUGCCUAAUAACUUGUUUUCAAAUUGCAUACAGAUGAAAAUGUGGUUUCUGAACCUGUACCAAGUUUUUAAAAAAUAUCUGGGGUAGAAAUUGUGUGUGUGUGUGUGUGUGUGUGUGUGUGUGUGUGUUCUGUAUGUCUGAGGGGCUGAGAGACAGUAGGAGGAAAUUGUGAAUGGAUGUAGAUGUCAAUGCUCAGACUAUACUCUGAAGGGGAAGUCUUGAUUAAAGUCAAACCCUGUUGGUGAAAACUUAUGGAUUGACCCUGUGACUGAGUAGAGACUAGUUCUGGUGGGUUUUUGAGUUUUUGUUACCACUGUGUGAUGCCUAUUGCAUAUCACCAUGGUUUUAUUUAUUCUUUUGUUUAAAUUUAAGUCUUGGAUAAGGAUGUAGUUUGACAUAAGUGUGGUGACACAGUCAGGCCUUGAGCCACAUUGCAGCCUGACCAUGACAGUCCUGUGUUUUUUAAGUUCUAUUUUCAAGAUUUUAAGCCAAAAGGUACCAAGGUCGAUGAUAAGAUGAGAUAGCAAGAAAAGAUUCUUUGAAGGAUAAGUGAUCUGAUUUGCGUAUCGUGCAGUCCUACUGCACUGUGUGUAAUGUCUGGCACUAAGACUGAGUAUUUUGCCCCAUGAAUUGUGUGUUAUGUAUGCAGUGAGGCUGCAUUUAAUACAUGCUUUGUGUGGCUGCAUGUUGUGUGGCCAUGAAGUUUAUUGUGCGGCCAUGGGGCUGCGUAUUAUGUAUGCCUGGUGAGGCUGUGUAUCGAAUGUUGCCAUGAGGCUGCAUAUUAUGUGCAGCCUUGAGACUGUGUAUUGUGUAUACCAUACACGGUGAGGCUGUAUGUAUGUAUCGUGUGGCUGCGAGUUGUCCGAGUGUGAUCGGAAUGAGAAUGUUUGCAAUAAAUGAUUUUACAAUGAUUGGAAACUAUUCCAAGAAUCUAAAUAAAUGUGACUCUGAGAAGAUGAA